GCCGCCGACGCGGAAGUGAGUCGCAGCAGUCGAGAAGAGGCAGCGGCCGCUCGGAGUGACGCAGAGAGCGGCGGUGAUUCGUUUUCCACGGGCUCCUCGGUCGUCUCGGUCGACAUGUCGGGAUUCGUCGGCGGCCCUGCGACGGACGCAGCGGACGUCAACCCUUUCCAGGACCCUUCGGUCACUCAGGUGACCCACACUGGCGCGGACCACCUUGAUGAAUACAACCCUUUCUCGGACAGUGCCGGCUUGGCACGCCAGACUGGGACCACCAUCCCCACCUCCCAGCCUGCCGUGCUGCAGCCAUCCACGGAGCCCAGUCCGCAGGUGGCGGCCGCUGCUGCCCAGGCCAACCUCCUCCGGCAGCAGGAGGAGCUGGAGAGGAAGGCAGCCGAGCUGGAGCGCAAGGAGCAGGAGCUGCAGAAUCGGGCCGCUUCCACAGGCAAAGAAAACAACUGGCCACCGCUGCCCAAGAGAUUUCCCAUAAAGCCUUGUUUCUACCAGGAUUUUUCUGAAGAAAUUCCACUGGAGCACAGAAGGCUUUGCAAGAUGUUGUACUACCUUUGGAUGUUUAAUUGUGUGACUCUGUUCCUGAACCUGCUCGCAUGCCUGGCCUACUUCACAGCAGACGCAGCGUACGGGGUGGACUUUGGCCUGGCCAUCCUCUGGUUCAUUCUCUUCACACCCUGUUCUUUCAUCUGCUGGUACCGGCCCGUUUACAAGGCUUUCAGGUCGGACAGCUCCUUCAAUUUCUUCUUUUUCUUCUUUGUUUUCUUCUUCCAAGUGGUAAUUUUUGUCAUCCAGGCUGUGGGAAUCCCAAAAUGGGGCAACAGUGGCUGGAUUGCAGCAGUUUCCAUCAUCGGCUCUAAUGUUCCUGUGGGGAUCAUCAUGAUAGUAGUGGCAGUGUUCUUCACCAUCUGUGCAGCACUCUCUGUUAUCCUGCUGAAAAUGGUCCACUCUCAUUACCGCAGCACUGGAGCCAGCUUCCAGAAGGCCCAGCAGGAGUUCUCCCAGGGCGUCUUCACGAACAAGACCUUCCAGGCUGCAGCAACCACUGCCGCAACCUCUGCCGCCCAGGGUGCUUUCCAGAGAGACUAGAACCUCCACACAUUCCCCUACUGCACCCACCAAUGCCACACCGGGGCCCCACUUUUCCUGCUUUCCCAAGGAGUCCUUCAUGGCUCAGUUGUGUACAGGGCGUCUCUUGCCAGUUUACCUUACCAUGAGGUGUGCUGCUGCUCGUUAGCUUGCAGAUACCAGAGCGUCCUGGCAACUGGGAAAGCCUCAAGUGGCACUUCUCAAUCCUCGAUCAUCUGCUUCCACUGGCUUUACUUGGUGGGUUGUUGCUGAGUUCUGAGCUGACAAAGGCGGAAGUCUUCAGGACAUCUAGAGAUCAGUAGACCCACUGCGGAGAGAAAGUUUAGCAGCACAAUUGACUUUCUAAGAAUGUGCCUAUGUUUAUAAAAUGGUAGAAAAAGGUUUUUUUUUUUUUUGCGUGUUGUAUAUAAUCUCCACCCUCAAUAAAGUGCUUUAAACCUUUUGCAUUAAAACAGGCAGUGAGGGUUGUCUGUUUCAGGCCAAAAUAACCUGCUAGAGAAUACUUAACAAUAGAAUGAAUCUGUAUUACAGCACAUAAUUCUGGUUUCAGGCAUUACAGCAAAGCUAGAGUGGAAAUACUGCCCCUUGGUCCAAUGGUAAAAUGCUUAUUUAAGGUAUAUGCAAAAAGGCACAGGCUUAAUAUUGCUGCACUUCCUAUAACAAAAAGCUUCUGCAAGUUUUUAAAUCCUUUCUGCAUCACUUUUGCCAAGGUGGGUUUUGAAAUGAUUAAAUGACUCGUGCGGCAGUUGCAGGUGCACAUGUGCUCCUCACCUUUCAUGAUGUUUUCCAUGGCCUGUAUGAAGAUCCUGACAGGUACAAGAGAUUUAGUCAUGCUUGGAAAUUAAUGUGAAAAUUAAUAUUAGCACCAAUGUGUACAUUUCUACAGUAGUGGAGCUUAUUUUGAAGGUUUCUUGUGCCGGAGCAUGUGUGUUAAUGUUGUUGUAAAUGUCCAUUCAUUCCAAAUGUUUAAGGGCUUCUUGGUGUAACACUUGUUUAACCAAAUAAAAUGGAAUAGCUGUAACUUUUCCCAAAAGCAGUUUAAAAAA